UUGAUUUGACCUUCACUUUCGUUUUCAUAGCGAGGCAAUGGAAACAUGAACACUCCGGUCAUGGCUAGGCUAUUGAAAAGUAUAGGAGUUUGUGGAAAGUAUGCUCGCACAAAACAGCUAUGCGAAGCAUCAUUCAUUUCACACAGAUGCCUUUCGACAUCAGCAGUCUUACAGGAUGAUGACAGUCAUAAGAAAUCCUUUGGGAUGAAACAGAUACAGUUUAUCAAGUCCAUAUUUGACAAGUCGGACUUUGGACCCUAUGAAAUUCAAAAAGAAUCUCAUUCAAGCCAACUUUCAGACAAAGAGACUGUGUAUGAAAUUCAGCUUCAUGCAGUAAAGCCUGAAAGUAUGGAGGAAUAUUUGAAACAAUUCUCUCAAUUUCAAGAACUGAUGCAUGUUAAGAAAACAGGUGCCCAUUUGGUUGGAAGUUUUACAGUGGAAAUCGGAGAUCAAGACGAAGCAAUUCAUAUUUGGGAAUACAAAGGAGGGUAUCCGGUUUUAAAUAAUGCCACAGAAAUCUACAGGACUGACCAGGAUUUUAUUAACUUUCGAAUCAGCAGAAAUAAAAUGCUUCGCCACAGAAAGAAUCAGAUUCUCCUACCUUUUAAUUUCUGGCCUGCCCCAGUACCAAGAGAAGGAAGGAAUAUCUAUGAAAUGAGAAGUUACACACUAAAGCCUGGUUCGAUGAUAGAGUGGUCAAAUUGCUGGAGAAGAGGUAUAGAACACAGACGAAAUAACAAUGAACCAGUGGCUGGAUUUUUUACCCAUAUAGGAGAGCAAAAUGUUGUACAUCAUCUAUGGGGUUAUAAAGAUCUACAGACAAGAAAGGAAACUAGAGCAAUGGCCUGGAGCAAACCAGGAUGGGAUGAAUGUGUAGCCUAUACAGUACCUCUUAUCCGUCACAUGGAGUCGAGGAUUUUGAUACCCACCCCUUUCUCUCCAGUACAGUAACGGAAGCCACCAUUGCUGUAGUCCUACAAAGUGCUGAGAUAUCAUUGAGUGCUGUAUACAAAUCAGUUAAUAUUAUACUAAAAAAUUUAGAAUUUUAAAGUGAAAGUAAAAGCAAAAUAAAGUGUUAUUUUAUGCUCUAGUCAUCCACUCCCUUUUCUGUUAAUCAUGAAAAAAAUAAUUAUAUGUAUUGACAUUUUGUGCGAUAUAUUGAAUGAAAUUGAGUUUAAAUAGUGUUAUAUUGUUGGGUGCAUAUUAAAUGUUCAUAGGACUGAUUAUGGUAUACACUACUUAUGUAUAGUUUUCUAAUUGUUGGUGCAUACAUAAACUUGUGAAUGGUUGUAUAAUUGCACUGUAAUGUUAAAACCAAAGUUUCAUCAACAUUUGUGGAAAAUAUUCCUUUGCAAUAUAAAGUGCCAGAGUAUUUUUAUGAUAAACUAACAUUUUCUAUGAACAGUGUCUACAGUAGUUUUUUAAAUGGACUGUAUACUGAUUCCUUAGAAAUCUCUACCUUUGUACUACCUUAAUAGUCAUAAUAUAUUUGUUAAAAUGAAGUGUGCUGAUGCAGCAAUGCUAUUUUGUGAUUAGAUUAUCAACAAUAAAAUGGGUUAUGUACAACAUGA